AUGUACGGAAAUGAAGGGAUGGAAAGACUUAUUCCGCUUGUCAACAAGCUUCAAGAUGCUUUUGCAUCUCUCAACCUACCACUGAAUCUUGAUCUACCUCAAAUCGCAGUUGUAGGUAGCCAGAGCGCCGGUAAAAGUUCUGUACUUGAGAAUUUCGUUGGACGUGAUUUCUUACCACGAGGUAGUGGUAUAGUUACACGAAGACCGCUUAUAUUGCAACUGGUACACGACAAGUCAGUUGAAUAUGGGGAAUUCAUUCAUUGUAAGAACAAGAGGUUUACAGAUUUUGAUGAAAUACGUCGGGAAAUCGAACAGGAAACAGAAAGAGUUACUGGUUCCAACAAAGGUAUUUCGAACAUUCCUAUCAACCUCAGAAUUCACUCGCCAAGAGUUCUAAAUUUAACUCUCAUUGACCUUCCUGGAAUGACCAAAGUACCAGUGGGGGACCAGCCUCCCGAUAUAGAAACUCAAAUACGGAAUAUGAUAAUCGAAUUUAUUGAGAGAGAUUCAUGCCUAAUUCUGGCUGUCAGUCCUGCCAAUUCUGAUCUCGCUAAUUCUGACGCUUUGAAACUUGCCAAAGAAUAUGAUCCGCAAGGUCUACGUACAAUUGGUGUCAUAACUAAGUUGGACUUAAUGGAUGAUGGUACAGAUGCUCAGGAAAUCCUGGAGAAUAGGCUACUUCCACUUCGGAGAGGUUAUGUAGGGGUUGUCAAUAGAAGUCAGCGGGAUAUAGAAGGACGUAAAAAUAUCAGUGCUGCUUUGGAAGCUGAACGCAGAUUUUUUCUUUCACAUCCCAGUUAUCGUCAUAUGGCUGAUCGUAUGGGAACUCCCUAUCUUCAGCGAAUACUAAAUCAGCAGCUCACUAAUCAUAUCCGUGAAACUCUUCCCAAUCUACGUAAUCGUUUACAGGCUCAGUUAAUUAGUUUGGAGAAAGAGGUGUCUGACUUCCGUAAUUAUCGUCCGGAUGACCCAGCAUACAAAACGAAAGCAUUACUACAGAUGGUACAGUCAUUUGAAGCAGAAUUUUCUCAAAAUAUUGAUGGACAUGUCUCUGAAGUUGAUACUCAAACAUUGUCAGGUGGUGCUGAAAUUAAUCGGGUGUUUCAUGAACGGUUUCGUUAUGAUUUACUUAAGAUUGAGUUCGAUGAGAAAACCUUGAGAAAAGAAAUUGCUGUUGCUAUCCAAAAUAUUCAUGGUGUUAGGCCUGGAUUAUUCACCCCUGAUAUGGCAUUCGAUGCUACAGUGAAGAAACAGAUUGAAAGACUUCGGAUCCCGUCACUAAAAUGUGUUGAUAUGGUUGUAUCUAGACUGACAGAUGUCUUGCAGCACUGUAGCGAUAAGGUAGGACGAUUUCCACGACUUCGUGAAGAGAUUGAACGUAUUGUUAAUAUGCGGGUUCGUGAAUUAGAGAUAGCUACUAAACAACAAAUUAAAACAUUAAUUGAUUUUCAACUAGCCUACAUGAAUACAAAUCAUGAAGAUUUUAUUGGAUUUCAAAAUGCUGAACAACGAGUAAAUGAUAGUGCUAAGAGUAAAUUGGGCAAUCAGGUUAUCUGUAAGGGUUGGCUUAGUUUAAUCAAUCCAAGUUUAUUACGUGGUGGCAGUCGUUAUUGUUGGUUUGUGCUAACCGCUGAUACACUGACAUGGUACAAAGAUGAUGAGGAACGUGAAAAACGAUAUGUUCUUCCGUUAGAUGGAUUAAAACAACGCUCUGGUGAUACUGGUUUCUUUUCAAAACGACCAACAUUUGUUCUGUAUCAUCCAGAUCCUAAAACCAAUGUAUACAAAGAUCAUAAAACACUAGAUUUAUCUGCAGACUCAGAAGAGGCUGUUGAAGCUUGGAAAGCUGCUCUUGUCCGUGCUGGAGUUUUUCAUGAUCCAACUUCUAAACCAGAUGAACAGAAUGAUGAUGGUGAUUUGAGUAAGGCAGCAGCUGAUCCAAAACUUGAAAGACAAGUGGAAAUUAUACGUAAUCUAGUUGAUUCUUACAUGAAGAUUGUCACUAAAACUCAACGUGACAUGGUUCCGAAAAUAAUUAUGCAUCAAUUAAUUAAUGAGAUCAAAAUGUUUUUGAAAGGAGAUCUAUUACCUGGAUUGUAUGCUCAAGAUCCUAAUAAUCUAAUGGAGGAAUCAGCGGCUGAAAAAAGCAUCGUGAAGAAAUGA